CUCCGAAAUUGAACACAACGAGAAAAUGAGAAAUUCAUUUUUUCCUAAGUUCAUUCGCGUGAACAGGAAGCUUUUAGUGUCCAAGGUAUUUUAUUUUUGUUACUGGGGAGCCGUUGGUUCGUUUUUCCCACUUCUAGGAGUGUAUUUUAAGCAGCUGGGAAUGAACCCAAGUUUAAGCGGCAUUCUAGUUGGCUGCCGUCCGAUGGUGGAAUUUUUCAGCGCGCCACUUCUAGGAUCUCUGGCCGACCGUUUGAACAAGCGGAAACUUUUGAUGAUAUUUUCGCUGAUGUGUUGGAUUUCCUUCAACUUCUCGUUGGCUUUUAUAAAACCAGCACCUGUUACGUGUAGGAAAUAUUUCAUUCUCACCGAAAAUGUAUCGCAAAUUGUUGACGGAGAGACAUCAGAGAUCAAAGAUUUCCUCGCGCCUAACACCCCGGACAAAAAAGAGCCCGAAUUCAAAGCCAAGAGUUCUUUAGUUUAUGAUCGUGAAGGAGUACACCAAGUAUUUUUAGUCCUACUCUUUUUAACGGUCGUGGGAGAAUUUUUCUCGGCUCCAGCCAUAACACUGGCAGACUCAGCAACUCUUGGGAUGCUAGGAGAGAACAAAGAACUCUACGGGCGCCAGCGCAUGUGGGGAAGCCUUGGAUGGGGAACAGCCAUGUUUCUUUUAGGUUUUGUCAUCGAUAGCAUCAGUGGAGUUGAAGUUUGUGGUGAAAUAAUCAGCCAAAAUUACACGGUUGGCUUUUAUUUCUUUUUCGUUUUCAUGGUGUGCGCCUUGACUGUGGCUACCCGCUUCACCUUCCCAAACAAAGAAAAAUUAGAAUUGGGCGAAGGACUUCGGGGUGAAGGAUCCGGACUAUACCGCAUUCUGCUAUCAGUGCGAUACGGUACGUUUUUACUCGUGACAUUUUUCUUAGGUUUUGGAGUCGGCCUCAUUUUCACUUUUCUUUUCUGGCAUCUUGAAGACCUCGGUGGUCCGCCGACUCUGUUCGGGAUAGCUUCGUUGAUCGAUCAUAUUUCGGAAAUCGCGUGUUAUUUCAAUGUGGGUCGCCUCAUUGGCUGCGUUGGUCACAUUCGCGUCCUCUACGUCGGCCUCUUGGGGAAUUUAAUUCGUUUUGUGUACAUUUCGUUCUUAAACAAUCCAUGGUUAGUGCUUCCUCUGGAAAUUUUGCAAGGGAUGACUCAUGCUGCAGUGUGGGCAGCUUGCACAAGCUAUGUAGGUCGCAUUGCACCCCCUGGAUAUGCGACCUCCGCUCAAGGCAUUUUACAAGGAUUACAUCACGGCUUAGGGAGGGGAUGCGGCGCGAUAAUAGGUGGUGUGCUUAUACACCAGUUUGGUACCAAAAUGACAUUUAGAGCUUAUGGAAUUGUCAGUCUGUUUGUCUUAGUGUUGUUUGCAACCAUUCAGAAAAUUCUUGGACCGGACGAAAGAAUGAGUAACGGAAUAAGACCGAAUCAGUUGAACGUGAAGACCAAGGCUAAACAGAGUCCAGAUAAUAGCCCUGAGGUUGACUCUCCGCCCUCGGUUGUAGCUCCACUCAUGCCAGGCCUUUUCUCUCAUCGGAGUAUGGAGGAUCCUAAGUUUGGAGUAGUAGGAAGGCACAUCCAGCCCAGAAGUAGCACCAGCUGAUACCGGAACGUUGU